GCGGUCGGCUUAACACGCUCGCGAAUCGUAAACGCUGCUCAGUAAAAAGCGGGCAAAAAUCGCGAAAAGUUCAAAAAUCGACGAAAAAGUUUAGGGCAAAAACUCACGGGUUUUCUGCUUAAAGUUUUCGUGUGGCAUAAAUUAGUUUCGCGUUUAAGGAUAUACAAUAUUAAAAAACAACAUGUUUAAAUUUAUAUUGCCCGUACUAUUGCUGAUUGCCUCAUGUCUUGGCAGUCCGGUGAGCCAAACCCGUCGCUUUCCCAACGACUUUCUCUGGGGAGUUGGUUCAUCUUCCUACCAAAUCGAGGGAGGCUGGAACGCGGAUGACAAGGGAGAAUCGAUCUGGGACUUUCUCACCCACACACAUCCCGAGAAAAUAGCCGAUCAAUCAAACGGUGAUAUCUCAUCGGACAGCUAUCAUCAGUGGAAACGAGAUGUUCAAAUGGUGAAGGAGCUGCAUGCGGGCACGUACCGCUUCUCCUUGUCCUGGCCCCGCAUAAUGCCCGGUGGCUACAUGAAUCACGUCAGCACGGCGGGCAUUAAGUACUACUCAAACCUGAUCGACGAGCUGCUCAAGUACAAUAUCACGCCGAUGGUCACGAUCUACCAUUGGGACCUGCCGCAAAAGCUUCAGGAGCUGGGCGGUUGGACCAAUCCGGAGAUUAUACCGCUGUUCAAGGACUACGCUCGUUUGGUCCUUGAAAUGUACGGCGAUCGGGUGAAGCUCUGGACGACAAUCAACGAGCCGUGGCAUGUGUGUGAGCAUGGUUACGGGGUGGACUAUAUGGCACCUUCCUAUAAUUAUCCUGGCAUUCCCGCCUAUCUGUGUGGUCACAACUUGCUGAAGGCCCACGCCGAGGUGGUUCACAUGUACCGGGAACUCUUCCAGUCGCAACAGGGCGGACGCAUGGGCAUUACUUUGGACACAUCCUGGCCAGAGCCCAGGGACCCCAAUUCCGCCGAGGAUCGCGAGGCCUCCGAGCGAGCCAUGCAGUUCUAUGUGGGCUGGUUUGGCCACCCCAUCUUCUCCAAGCACGGCAACUAUCCCAAGGUGAUGAUCGAGCGGAUCCGGAAUCUGAGCAAGGAGCAGGGCUUUGGAGCUCGCUCCAGAUUGCCCGAAUUCACCACCGAGGAGAUCCAUCGCAUCCGCGGCACCUCCGAUUUCUUUGGCAUUAAUUCGUACACCAGCAACCUGGUCUUUUCGAAUGGGCACAAUAAUACCGGAAAGUUUCCGGUUCCUUCGUUUAAUCACGAUAUGGGAGUGGUGGAGACCCAGAAGGACGUCGACUGGCCCGGUUCGGGAUCUGUUUGGCUUAAGGUCUUUCCCAAGGGAAUGUACAAUCUGCUGAUGUGGAUACACCGCGAGUACAAUGCACCCGAGAUUUUGGUCACCGAGAAUGGCGUCAGUGAUCGCGGAGGUCUGGAGGAUUACGCUCGCGUGGAUUACUAUAACCUCUAUCUCUCGGCAGUACUCGAUGCCAUUGAGGAUGGUGUGAAUGUCAGUGGCUAUAUCGCCUGGAGUCUGAUGGACAGCUAUGAAUGGAAGGCUGGCUUCUCGGAGAAGUUCGGACUCUAUCACGUGGACUUCAAUUCGCCGGAACGCACAAGAACCCCCAAGAUUUCGGCGCGAGUCUUUGCGCAGAUCUGUAAGACCAACACCAUCGACUGGAGCUACAGACCCAAGCUCAGCGAGGAACAGCAACUGGUGGCCAUGGCCCAGUUGCCGGCCGAGAAUCAAAUGGCCAGAACAAGUGGUGCUAGUGGAGCUGUCAGUUGGAGUCUCAUGAGUCUUCUGCUCCUGGCUCUCCUGAGAUAAUCGAAA